UGCAUAGUGUUGAGAGUUAAUUUUCCUAUCAUCAUCAUCAUCAAUAUGGAACCUGUCUCUCAUAUAUCAUUUGACCAUUUUCACAAGACUACUUCAACAUUUUCAGCUAGUAUGCUUUCUUCAUCUUUUGAGAUAUAUUUAUAUAUAAUUGGUUUUGACUCUACUUUUGGGACUUCUUCGAGGUAAACAAAAAGAAUUCAGGGGGUUGAAGAUGACAGGAAUAAGAUAUUGUGGAUAUGUUUUUACAACAGCAAUUUACUGUUUUAUGCUGCAGCUUAUUGUUGCUCAAAUUACUGAUCCUUCUGAAGUGUCAGCUUUGGUAGCUAUAAAGAAUAGCUUGAUUGACAACACGAGGUACCUGAAAAAUUGGGACAAGGGUGAUCCAUGUACGUCUAACUGGACUGGAGUUAAUUGUUUCAACAAAGUUGGAGCCAGUGGAUACUUGCAUGUCAAGGAGCUACGUAUGAUGGCUAUGGGUCUUUCUGGAAGUUUAGCACCUGAGCUUGGACAACUAUCUCAUCUUCAUUUUCUGAAUUUCAUGUGGAAUGAUUUGACUGGGAGUAUACCGGAAGAAAUUGGAAACAUCAAGUCUUUGAAACUUCUGCUCUUGACGGGAAACCGACUUUCAGGAUCUUUAUCUGAUAAGCUUGGGUAUCUCCCGAACCUGAGAAUAUUCCAGAUAGACCAGAACCAGAUAUCCGGAAGAAUUCCUAAAUCCUUUUCCAAUUUAAACAGUGUCCAACAUAUCCACUUCAACAACAACUCACUGAGUGGUCAAAUCCCUUCCGAGCUUUCUAAUGUGUCCACUAUGCUUCACAUGCUUAUCGACAACAAUAAUCUUUCAGGAUACCUUCCUCCUGAGUUUUCAACCUUACCGCGUCUUCGAAUAAUCCAACUUGAUAACAACAAUUUCAGCCUUUCUGAGAUUCCAGCUUCUUAUGGAAACAUGUCAUCAUUAGUGAAACUUGUAUUAGAAUGUUCAGGACAUCUUAUUAUGACGAGUCGGGUAGAUAGAAUAAGAUAUAAAGUUGAAUCCUACUGUCACCUACUCAAAUGGAGAUGCAAUGCUACUGAUAAAUAUUGCAGAAGUCUCAGAAAUUGCAAGUUGCGAGGAUCCAUUCCUGAUCUUAGCAGAGUACAGAGUCUACGCUAUCUUGAUCUCAGCUGGAAUCAACUGUCUGGAUCUAUACCACAAAAUAAGCUUUCCAACAAUAUGACAGCUAUUAUUCUGUCACACAAUCGUCUUGAUGGAUCUAUUCCGAAGAGUUUUUCAUCUCUUCCUUUGUUGCAGAAACUGUCAGUGGAGGACAACCUUUUGAAUGGUUCCUUUUCUACCGACAUUUGGCAAAAGAAGUUUACUUCAACUUCGUCACUUUUGAUUGAUCUUCGGAAUAAUUCACUUUCGGACAUUUUGGGUACUCUUGAACCUCCUCUGAAUGUCACUCUAAGGUUGCACGGCAAUCCUGUCUGCAGAAAUGAGAAUGUAAGAAAUGUCAUCAAAUUCUGUGGCUCUGAAGCCGGAGCAGAACAUAAGACAAAUAACUCACAGAGUGUAACUGGUACUUGUCCUAUUCAUGCAUGCCCAAAGGAUAACUACUAUGAAUAUGUCCCAGCAUCACCUGUUCCUUGCACUUGUGCCUCACCUCUCAUAGUUGGCUGGCGGCUGAAAAGUCCUAGUUUUUCUUACUUUGAUCCAUAUGUGCAUCAAUUUGAGCAGUAUAUGACAAGCGAUCUUCAUCUGAACCUUUAUCAAAUGUCAAUCGAGUCAAAUUCUUGGGAAGCAGGACCUCGUCUCCGAAUGCAAUUGAAGCUUUUCCCAACAGUUGGGGUCAGUACAUUUAAUAAAAGUGAGGUCAUUCGUAUCAGCGACAUUCUGCAAUAUUGGGAAAUCUCUGUAGUUGACCUUUUUGGUCCAUAUGAGCUCCUUAACUUCACUCUGGUGGGACCUUAUUCCUACUUGAAUCCUGAUGUUCAAGUUAAACGUAAAAGCAAAGGUCCUUUGAUAGCUAUCAUUGUAGCAGGUGUUUUUGCUGCAUUUGUUUCAGCAAUUAUAACUGUGUUGAUCAAAAAACGACAUGCCAAAUACCGAAGCAUCCUAUCAAGGAAACGUCUAUCCUCAAGGCUCUCUAUAAAAUUGGAUGGAAUUAGGAGCUUCACUUUCAGAGAAAUGAGCUUGGCUACUAAGAACUUUGAUAGCUCAAAUCAAGUUGGUGAAGGAGGAUAUGGGACUGUCUUCAAGGGAAUUUUAACUGACAAAACAGUUGUUGCUAUUAAACGAGCAAAAGAAGGAUCAGUACAAGGGCAAAAGGAAUUUUUGACUGAGAUAUCCUUGUUAUCAAGGUUACAUCACCGGAAUCUAGUGUCAUUGUUAGGAUACUGUGAUGAAGAAGGAGAACAGAUGCUAGUUUAUGAAUUCAUGUGCAAUGGAACUUUGCGAAACUGGAUUCCUGUUAAUAGUAAAGGAACUUUGGCGUUUGGAGCAAGAUUGCAGAUUGCAUUAGGUGCAGCAAAGGGCAUUCUUUACCUCCAUACAGAAGCUCAUCCACCUAUAUUCCAUAGGGACAUCAAAGCCAGCAAUAUUCUUCUUGACUCAAAAAUGACAGCUAAAGUUGCUGAUUUUGGAUUGUCUAGGCUUGCACCUGUCCAGGAUGAUGAAGGUGUUCUACCUAAUCAUGUUUCAACUAUUGUGAAGGGAACACCUGGUUACCUUGAUCCCGAAUAUUUCUUGACCCGUAAAUUGACAGAUAAAAGUGAUGUCUAUAGCUUGGGAGUUGUGUUUCUAGAAAUCUUAACUGGAAUGCGUCCAAUCUCACACGGAAAAAACAUUGUUCGCGAGGUAAAUUUGGCUCGUGACUCAGAGAAGAUGUUCUCAGUCAUGGACAGUACAAUGGGACCUUAUCCUUCCGAAUGUGUGGAAAAGUUUGUAGCUUUGGCCCUCAAGUGUUGCGAGGACAAACCAGAAGACAGACCUUCAAUGUUGGAUGUGGUCAGGGAGCUGGAGACUAUUCAGUCUAUACUCAACAUGAUGCCAGAUAUUGAUGCUGAUUCAGUAGAUUCCAAAGCCAAAUUUAACGAACCAAAGUCAACGUCUUCAUUUUCUGAUAGCACUAGCAGAGACCCAUUUAUAUCGUCCUCCAAUGUUUCGGGAUGUUAUAGUAUCAGUGAUGUCAGUCUUACUAUGCCUCGCUAAUAGAGGAGUUGCUUAUCUUUUGUACUAGAAAAAUUAGCAUGUAGAAUAGGAAAUUACCUUAUAGCUUCUGGCUUAUAUGUAUUUCAAGGAUUUGUUAACAAGGACACCUUUAUCAUAGCCUUCUGACAACAUGUUGUAUCAAUUCAAUUGUUGAGCUUUUACUUAGAA